AUGGCUCUACCUAAUCAGCAAACCGUGAAUUAUCCUAGCUUCAAGCUCGUCAUUGUUGGUGAUGGAGGCACAGGGAAAACAACUUUUGUCAAGAGACAUCUUACUGGGGAGUUUGAGAAGAAGUAUGAACCUACUAUUGGUGUGGAGGUUCAUCCUCUAGAUUUCUUCACAAACUGUGGAAAGAUCCGUUUCUACUGCUGGGAUACUGCUGGUCAAGAGAAAUUCGGUGGCCUAAGGGAUGGAUACUACAUCCAUGGUCAAUGUGCCAUUAUCAUGUUUGAUGUUACGGCAAGGCUCACAUACAAGAACAUUCCGACAUGGCACCGUGAUCUCUGCAGGGUGUGUGAGAACAUCCCCAUUGUUCUGUGCGGGAACAAAGUUGAUGUGAAGAACAGGCAAGUGAAGGCGAAGCAAGUAACCUUCCACAGGAAGAAGAAUCUGCAGUACUAUGAGAUAUCUGCAAAGAGCAACUACAACUUCGAGAAGCCUUUCUUGUACCUUGCUAGGAAACUGGCUGGAGACACAAACCUUCACUUUGUCGAGUCACCAGCGCUUGCUCCACCCGAAGUCCAGAUCGACAUUGCUUCUCAGCAGAAGAACGAGCUUGAGCUUCAACAAGCUGCUGCUCAGCCACUACCCGAUGAUGAUGAUGACGCUUUCGAGUAA